CUGUCAAUGUCAGACACUACGAUACGCCGAUACGCACGUGUGCGUGUUGUUUACCUAGGAACAUUAUUUUGAUUUUGAUUUAUCAUUUUAUUUCAAGCUUUGAUCAACAUUUCAACGUUAUAAUGCCGAAAAUAAAAGCGGAAAAGAAAUCAAGAAUACAUAAUGAAGUUGCCAAACAAGGCAUCCAAUUCAAUAAGGAUUUCGGUCAACAUAUUUUGAAGAAUCCUCUCAUCAUAACUUCUAUGCUCGAUAAGUCUGGAUUGCGCCCAACUGAUGUAGCCUUGGAAAUUGGACCUGGUACUGGUAAUAUGACAAUAAAGCUUUUAGACAGAGUUAAAAAGGUUGUGGCAUGUGAAAUAGAUACAAGGUUAGUUGCAGAGCUCCAAAAAAGAGUUCAAGGAACCCCUUAUCAAGCCAAAUUACAAAUUCUUGUUGGAGAUGUUUUGAAAACUGAAUUGCCAUUCUUCGAUAUUUGUGUUGCCAACAUCCCCUACCAGAUCAGUUCUCCCCUUGUAUUCAAGCUGUUACUGCACAGACCUUUCUUCAGAUGUGCUGUGCUAAUGUUCCAGAAAGAAUUUGCACAGAGAUUAGUUGCCAAGCCUGGAGAUAAAUUGUAUUGUAGGUUAUCAAUAAACACACAACUGUUGGCCCGUGUUGAUAUGCUGAUGAAGGUUGGCAAGAACAACUUCAGGCCCCCACCAAAAGUAGAAUCUAGUGUUGUAAGGAUUGAACCCAGAAAUCCACCGCCACCUAUCAAUUUUGUGGAAUGGGAUGGCUUGACAAGAAUUGCUUUUGUAAGAAAAAACAAAACACUGUCAGCAGCAUUCAAGCAUGCCACUACCAUGGCUGCCCUGGAAAAGAACUACAGAGUUCAUUGCUCUUUACAUAAUAAGGAUAUACCUAGUGAUUUUGACAUAAAGCAAAAAGUUCAAGAGAUAUUAACAAAUGCAGAGGCUGACCAAAUGAGAGCUAGGACCAUGGACAUAGAUGAUUUUAUGAAAUUAUUACAUGCAUUCAAUGCAGAAGGAAUACAUUUUGCAUAAAAUUU